AUGGCUACCCCUUCUUUGAGUUUUUUCGAACUUUGCAUGCUCUUGUUCCUUGUGUGCUUCACUACUCCUUAUGUAUCUUCACUUCCUCAUGCUUUGAGAAGGCAAGCUUCUAUCUUGGUUUCUAUGAAACAAGAGUUUGAAGUUGAUAACUCUUCUCUGAGUAGCUGGAACAUGUCAAACUACAUGUCCCUUUGUAGUUGGUAUGGUGUUCAAUGUGACCAUGAUAACAGGUCUGUGGUGUCACUUGACAUAUCCAAUUUAAAUGCUUCUGGGUCGCUUUCACCUUCCAUCACAGGACUCUUGAGCCUGGUAAGUGUUUCUCUCCAGGGAAAUGGCUUUUCUGGGGAGUUUCCAAGUGAUAUUCACAAGCUAGAAAUGUUGAGAUUCCUCAACAUAUCCAACAACAUGUUCAGUGGGAACUUGAGUUGGGAAUUCUCCAAGUUGAAGGAGCUUGAGGUGCUAGAUGCUUAUGACAAUGAUUUCAAUGGUUCACUUCCUGAAGGUGUCACUGAGCUUCCAAAGCUCAAGCUCUUGAAUUUAGGAGGGAAUUACUUCUCUGGGAAAAUCCCUCCAAGUUAUGGAAACAUGGAGCAGCUCAACCUUUUAUCUCUUGCAGGAAAUGAUUUGAGAGGUUUCAUUCCAAGUGAACUUGGAAAUCUCCCUAAUCUGACACACCUUUACUUGGGAUACUUCAAUCAAUUUGAUGGUGGAAUUCCCCCUCAGUUCGAUAAGCUGAGCAAUUUGGUUCAUCUAGACCUUGCAAACUGUGGUUUGCAAGGUUCAAUUCCUGCUGAGUUGGGAAGCCUUUACAAUUUAGACACUCUCUAUUUGCACACUAAUCAGCUGAUUGGUUCAAUUCCACCUCAGCUUGGAAACUUGACUAGCUUGAAAGCUCUUGAUCUAUCAUUCAAUAUGCUUACAGGUGGCAUACCAUAUGAGUUCUCAGCCCUUCAUGAGCUUACCAUCUUGAACUUGUUCAUCAACAGGUUGCAUGGAGAAAUUCCUCACUUCAUUGCUGAGCUACCUAAAUUGGAGAUUCUGAACCUUUGGCAGAACAACUUCACCGGAGUAAUUCCUUCAAAGCUUGGCCAGAAUGGCAAGUUGACUGAGGUUGACUUGUCAACAAAUAAGCUCACUGGUUUAGUGCCAAAAUCUCUAUGCCUUGGAAAGAGGCUUAAGAUUUUGAUCUUGCUUAAGAACUUUCUCUUUGGAUCUUUGCCUGCUGAUCUUGGUCAAUGCUACACUCUCCAAAGAGUUCGUUUGGGUCAGAACUAUUUAACUGGGCCAUUGCCACAUGGAUUUCUUUAUUUGCCUGAGUUAUCUCUUGUGGAACUACAGAACAAUUAUCUUAGUGGUGGCUUUCCACAAGAAACAACCAACACCCCCUCCAAACUUGGACAGUUGAACCUAUCAAACAACCGCUUUUCAGGGUCUCUUCCAACCUCAAUUGCAAACUUUCCAAACUUGCAAAUUCUUUUGCUUAGUGCAAAUAGAUUCUCAGGAGAAAUUCCACCAGAUAUUGGGAGACUCAAGAAUAUCCUCAAGUUGGAUUUAAGUAUCAACAACUUUUCAGCUAGUGUUCCUCCUGAGAUAGGUAACUGUGUCUUACUCACCUAUCUAGAUUUGAGCCAAAACCAACUAUCAGGUCCUAUUCCUGUUCAAAUUGCUCAAAUUCAUAUAUUAAACUACCUUAAUGUCUCAUGGAACAACCUAAGUCAAAGCCUUCCAAAGGAACUGGGGGGCAUGAAGGGCUUAACUUCAGCAGAUUUUUCUCACAAUAACUUCUCAGGCUCAAUACCUGAGGGGGGACAAUUCUCAAUCUUUAAUUCCACAUCUUUUGUGGGUAACCCUCAGCUUUGCGGAUAUGACUUCAAGCCAUGCAAACUUUCCUCAACAGCCAUAUUGGAAUCUCAAGAAAAAAGCAGUGCAAAACAAGGGGUUCCUGGGAAGUUUAAGUUCCUAUUUGCAUUGGCAUUGUUGGGGUGCUCACUGGUGUUUGCAACCUUGGCCAUCAUCAAGAGUAGAAAGUCAAGGAGGCACUCAAAUUCAUGGAAACUCACAGCAUUUCAAAAGCUGGAAUAUCGAAGUGAAGACAUCAUAGGGUGCAUAAAGGAGAGCAAUGUCAUAGGAAGAGGAGGAUCUGGUGUUGUAUAUAGAGGAACCAUGCCAAAUGGAGAGGAAGUGGCUGUGAAGAAACUGUUAGGAAUCAACAAAAGCUCUUCACAUGAUAAUGGCUUCUCAGCAGAAAUAAAGACAUUGGGUAGAAUCAGACACAGGUACAUUGUAAGGUUGCUAGCAUUUUGCUCCAACAGAGAGACCAAUUUACUUGUUUAUGAUUACAUGCCAAAUGGAAGCUUAGGUGAAGCUUUGCAUGGAAAGAGGGGUGAGUUUCUCAAGUGGAAUACUAGGCUCAAAAUAGCCACAGAAGCUGCAAAAGGACUUUGUUAUUUGCAUCAUGAUUGUUCUCCUCUUAUAAUCCAUAGAGAUGUCAAGUCAAACAACAUUUUGUUGAACUCUGAUUUUGAGGCUCAUGUUGCUGAUUUUGGUCUUGCCAAGUUCAUGCAAGAUACUGGAACGUCAGAGUGCAUGUCUUCCAUUGCUGGUUCUUAUGGCUAUAUAGCUCCAGAAUAUGCAUACACAUUGAAAGUUGAUGAGAAAAGUGAUGUUUAUAGCUUUGGAGUGGUGUUACUAGAACUCAUAACGGGUCGAAGGCCAGUGGGGGAUUUUGGUGAAGAAGGAUUAGACAUUGUUCAAUGGACAAAGAUGAAAACCAAAUGGAACAAAGAGUUGGUGAUGAAGGUCCUUGAUGAGAGGCUACAUCACAUUCCUUUAGAUGAAGCAAAACAAGUGUUUUUUGUGGCCAUGUUAUGUGUUCAUGAACACAGUGUGGAAAGACCAACAAUGAGGGAAGUGGUUGAAAUGCUUGCACAAGCAAAGCAACCAAAUACACUUUAA